AUGUCCGAAGACUUCGUCUGGUUGCACCACCCUCUUACGGGUGAGAACGCUCCCGUGGUGAAAUCCAAUACCCCUUGGGAUCAGACGUGGCUACCAUUCCCUAAGCCCGAUCAGGAUCGUCUCAACGAAGCCCUGAAAAACAACACGGCUCAAGUGGGUGUCUACGGAGAUCGUUGGUUGGUGGACCUGCCGUCGAGAGCAGUGACUCCACGGUACUGGAAAAUGGCCGCCAGUGAGGUUUUACGGGCCUUAUGGCACGUCGAUGGCAAGCCUCUAUCAGAGGACGACUCCAUCGCUAUUGAGAAGUGGAUAGAAGAGCGCAAGUUCGGAGAUGCUCCCAAGGAGGACUCGACUGAUUUUCUGGCCCUUCCUGAUGGUAAGAACUUCGUAGAGUAUCAAGAUAGCAGUGACUCUUAUGUGGUCUACGGCUCGGGUCUCGGCGUAUACCUAGGCCAACGAAGCCAGUUGGAUCGAGGGUGGGCAGACGCCCCUGAUGAGUUCGGCGACUCCAUGGUGCCCAUCAGUGAUCUGGUCUUCUGCAUACACGGCAUGGGAGAGCACUUCUGGUCCCAGCCUCCGCAUCAGAGCACUGGUUCACCAGGUGCAUUUGUUGAGAGUGUCCGAGAGUUUCGAAGUCUCAUCAAUAAGGGGCGCUCUGACGGGGAGGGCCGAAUCGAAUGCAUUCCUGUGGUGUGGGCGAAUAUCAUCCACGAAGAUGAUAGAGACCUUGUUGGCCGUAUCAAGGACAUAACGCUGCGCUCAGUCCCUCUCUUGCGCUCCCUUGCUAAUGACGUAGCGGCAGACGUGAUGUUCUACCAGUCUCCUAUAUACGAGAGCAAGAUUCGUAGAGGUGUCAUCAGCAGUAUAAAUACAGCGUUGACUGAGUGUAUGGCGACGGUAGAUCAACGGGGGCAUCCAAGACCGCGAGUUUCGAUAUUGGGGCAUUCACUUGGAUCGGUUAUAGCAUACGAUAUAGUGAAGAUACAAGAGAAUAACGAUAAGAAAAAAUACAGCGAAGUUGUGAAGAAAAUAAAGAAGGCCAACCGUGGCGAGAGAAUCGAUUGGGUCUUGCAAGAUUCGUUCAUAGAAUCAGCAGGGGAGUACGUGGCUGCGGUCGCGAGUCACUGCAAGUAUUUUGGCAACCCUGACUUUGCCUUUUUUGUCCGAGACAAGAUCAACGAUGAAUAUCAUAGUAGCGCCGAUGAAUCCGAGAGUAUCGAGCCGGCCGAAACGUCUGUUUCUAUUGUGAAGGUGCUGUACUUUUCGCGGCGGACCAUUCGCCCGAUGUCUUCUUUCAAGAAGAGCGUCAUGGGAAUAUUUGACCGCUGGAAAGCGUCUACGUGCAAGGCAAGCUUGCAGCUGGCGGGCAAACGUUGCACACUACAGAGGAACAAAGUGAUCAAGUGGCAGCGAAUAGCUGAGCGUGAGAUAGCGGAGAUGCUCCGGCAGGGGCGAGAGGAGAAAGCUAGGAUCAAGGCAGAGCAGCUGAUCGCGAAUCAGAAAUUGGAGAGUGCCUAUGAUAUUUUAGAGACACACUGCGAGCUGCUCUAUACGAGGAUUCAGUAUAUUGAUCAGUCGAAAGAAUGUCCUCCCGAUCUCAUCUGCCCUAUCGCCACGAUGAUCUAUGCUGGGGUGCGCUUGACGGUACCCGAGAUGGCUAACUGUGUGAGGCAAUUUGAGCUGAAGUAUGGCCGCAUUUGGUGUCAACAGUAUAUCGAUAAUUCCACUCAAGAUGUAGCGCCGAGGUUUGUAGGUCUUCUGACGAUCACAUCCCUAAACGAAAGUGUGAUACUGGAUACGUUGGACGAGAUAGCUGAUAAGUUUGGUGUGGACUGGAAGCGCCCUUUGACGAUUGAGGAGAAGUUAGCUGAUGCAUUGACUAUCUCGCAUUCCCCAUCUAUUCCCGCGUCCACGACGCCGCCUAGUGUUACACAACAGCAGAUCUCGCCUAGUUCGAGUGAGCCUACGGUUCUGCCGGAGUCAUCCUCGACCCCGGAUAAGGACACUACUGGCUUUGUACCGAAUCCGGAGGCAGAUGAGCUUGUCUUUGAGGAUUUGGAUAAGGAAGAGCAAUCCAUCAGCAACUCACGUCCUUUCCCUGCGGGCCACACCUCAGCCAGUAAGGCUCUGCCAGCGAUCAACUCACAAGGCACUCCGCGUCGACCGAGGUGUCGCUUCGACAUUCCCAGCCCAUCUGCCUUUGCCUCUCCCCGUCAUCCUUCCCUACGUAAGAAGAUACGUGGUGAAGACGAGGAAGAUGGGAACUUCUCGUCAACCCGAACAUCAAUGAAUGCACGUCAGAAAUCGAGUCGGGUUCGGAUGCCGAGACAAGGUGGGAGAAGGGGAGAUCGAAGAUGCAGAAUUCGAUGAACUACUGCAGCGAUUCAACAAACUCAAAGAUAUCUAGCUCUUAUGUGCGUCGCUCCGCUGUUAUUAUUUCACAGCUUUCUCAAAUUUUUGAAUGCUCCAUGGGCGGCAGCUAUAAUACGGGAUCUAUCAU